AUGGACUCAAGCGGUGGUCAACGCUUCCUAGUGGAGCGUAUUUUGAACCACCGCGAUGUGAAUGGCAUCCGGACGAGUUGCCUCGUCCGCUGGCGUGGCUAUCCACCGGCGUGGGACAGCUGGAAGCCUCGUGCCCAGCUGAUUGUUGAUGUCCUGGGUCUCGUCGAGCUGUAUGACGAGACCUACCCGCUGCGUCCGAAGAAGGGCCGUCAGAAAAUAACCUUUCCGAACGUGAGUACAGGAAUGGAAAAGUGUCAAUCCCUUCGGCCAUCUCAGAAGAGAUGCGCGCCCUCCAGUAGGGAUCAUAAUGGAGGUAAGCCUCCCUAG